AUGGAAUAUUCAUUAGGGGUGUCGGAGUUCGCGCAGUUACGUAACUUGGGAGCAUGCUAUGUGGACAAGACCGAGAUCUUGCACCAAAUAGUUACCACAUGUGCUGCGUGUUUCUUGACACGACCGCGCCGCUUCGGUAAGACGUUGUUGUUGUCCACAGUCGAGGCAUAUUUCCGCGGCGAACAGACGCUGUUCGCCGGGCUGCGCAUGGAAAAGCUGGAGACGCAGUGGCUGAGGCACGCCGUCCUACGGCUCGACCUGAGCAGCGCUACGUACAACGUACCCCAGGACUUGGUCGAUGUGCUCCACCGCCACCUGUCCGAAUGGGAACAACUUUACUGCCCUGCCACACGUACAGUCGCCACACCUACAGGGACCGACGCCUCGGUCCAAGCUGAUACAGAAGACACCUCGACCCAAAUGACUGCAGAAGGGGUUACUCCGAAUCCCGUUGCUCCAAAUCGCGUGGGUUCGAGGCAAGCAAGUCUACAUGAAAGGUUCGCGCAGGUUAUUAAGUGCGCCUUCGAGGCAAGCGGUGGUCCCGUAGUAGUGUUGGUGGACGGUUACGAUAAGCCAGUGUUGGAUGGGUUGAUGGCAGACUUAUCGGGCGAAGAGAGUUUGCGUGUUCGUAUCCGUCAAGAUCGAGCGAGGGUUUUCGCUCCGCUAGAUCCGUUCUAUAGCGUGCUAAAGUCGGCUAGGACGUACUUGAAGUUUGUUAUGCUAGCCGGCGUGAGCCGAUACGACAUGGGGGACGUUUUCGGAUGCUUGGACUACCUGGAGGACCUUAGUCUUGAUGCGACCUGCGGGGCGGUCUGUGGUUUUACCAGGUCUGAAUUACUCAAGUAUUACGCAAAGGGACUGAGCUUUCAGGGACUUCGUUUUUCGGAAGGGUCAAGUCGUCAGGGGCUAGGUCCCCAGGGCCGGAGUGCCCCGGGACUAAGUGGGCCGGUGCUAAGUCGUCAGGGAUCAAAUUGCCAGGGAUCUGUAACAAUAGAUGCGAAGGUAGUGGAUUUAUGCGAAGGUGCUGAUGGUUUGGUAAAGGAGGAGGAGGAGUUGGUGUCGCGUCUUGAAGAGUGGUUUGGUGGUUAUAGUUUUGCUCCAGGAUCGCAGCGUGUGGUGCAUCCUUGGAGUUUCCUGAAUGCGUUGAAGAGAGGUUCUAUUCGUCCUUAUUGGCUCGAUUUUACCACGGCAUCUUAUUUAGCUCAGACAGUACGUUGUAGGUCCAUAAGAUUGGCUGAAUUGGAUAAUAUGCGAACGGAUACCCAAUCAUUGCGUACCUUUGGUGCUGUUUGGCAGCGGGUUCUAAUGACCGGAGAUGCUGUUGGGGUGUUGUAUCAAACGGGUUGUCUUACACUGAAGGAGUGCGAACUAAAUUGUAAUGAGUACGUGCUUGGUUAUCCUAAUCGUGAGGUAAAAGAAGAGUUGUUUAAAUUCGUUUUAAAACAUGCAGGACAUCGCCACUUAACUUUCCCCGCCAUGGAUUUAAGACAUUCGUUACAGCAUGGUGAUGCUGUAAGGUUUAUACAAGGUUUUAAACAAUUUAUGGGAAGCAUACGCUAUACCAAUCACCCUUAUCCCAAUCACCCUUAUCCAGAGCCUACUGACGCUAUCUUAUUUGAGAACGUUCUAUUCCUCGUAUGCGAACUACUACAAGACGAACGGACUAAAAUACAGAGCUCCAUAAAUAUUGGUCAUACAGAACUUUGUAUACAAACCUCCAACACCACUGGCAGGAAAUACCUCUAUCUCAUAGGACUCAGCCGGACUGUGAGUACCUCAUUGUUACGACUACAACAAUCACCCUUCGCUUAUGACGCUCAUGACCACAUCGUAAUUACUGUUGGUGCAAGCAUCAAACAUAAAACCAUAAAAGGAUGGACCAUUCAAACGAAGUAA